AUGCAGCUCGAGGCGGCCGCCAGAGCGGUCAUCGUCGUCGCCUUCGCCUUGUCGGAAUCUGUGAAAGGCCAGCAAGGCGCAUUCUCUGGCGGUAUCCAGUACAAUACUCCGGUCUGCCAGUCGAUAUGCCAGGAUCCGAACGAGUUUGAGACUCCUCUUCCGCAGCAGCCUGCUGGCGAGCUGAACCGGGCGCACGACUGGGGGAUCGUCCUCCUGAAUCAGAUCCAGCGCAACUUCGCCAGACUGUCGCCACCAGGAGUGUCGCGCAUCAUCGGCGUAUUCAGUUCGUGCGUCCAUGACACAGUCGCCGCCCAAGGCAACGCUGGGAUCCAGCCGGGGUUCUCUAGAACGCAGCCGUUCACGCCAG